CGGAGCUGCUGCAGAUAUGGCUGAAGGGGGAGCAGAUGCAGAGGCUGAGAUCAAGAAUAGAUUGCAGGAGCUGGUUGACAAACUCUAUCAUUUUCGGGACCACUACUUUGAAACGCACAGUGUGGAAGAUGCAGCACGGAAGCAAUAUGAUGUGGAGCAAGAAAUGGAGAAAACCAUUUAUCAGAUAGAGGAGAUGGAUGAUGGCUGGAAGAACAGGGCUUUCUUCCUAAUGCUAAAAGGAAAGGUUUUGAACGUAACACCAAAUUACAACCAGGAGGCUGAGGAGGUCCUCUCUAAGGCUGUCAAACUGGAUCCAAGUCUAGUUGAAGGUUGGAACCAGCUAGGAGAAGUGUAUUGGAAGAAAAUGGAUGUUACAUCUGCCAAGACAUGCUUCUUAGGCGCGCUGAACCACUGCAAGAACAAGGUCUCAUUGCGCAAUCUGUCUAUGGUGAUGAGGCAGCAGCGCUCUCAAGAUGUGGAUGAAAAUUCUAGGAACAUCAUGGAUAGCGUGAAACAAGCCAAACAAGCUGUAAACAUGGACCCUCGUGAUGGGACCUCUUGGUACAUCCUCGGCAAUGCGUAUCUCUCGCUGUUCUUCUGCACUGGACAGAAUCCCAAAAUAUCUCAGCAGGCUCUAAAUGCAUACGUGCAAGCAGAAAGAGUUGACAAGACUGCCUCCAGUAAUCCAGAUCUGCAUCUGAACAGAGCAACUCUCUGUAAGUACGAAGAGAAGUAUCAAGGCGCUCUGGAUGGCUUUUCUCGAGCGGCUGCUCUUGAACCGUCGUGGUCAGAGCCUGUAAUGAGGGAGCAGCAGCUGCUUGACUACCUUGGCAGACUUUGUGAUCUUCUAAGCAACAAGGGAAAGGUACGGGGCAAACGUCUUCAAAACAUGCUCAGUAGCCUGAGUCCUGUGCUCCUUGGUCACUAUGGAGGCUCUGGGGGGCCCCAGCUGAAGCCUCUCAGCUCUUUGCAGCCUGGAAGAAACCCUGGCUGUGUCGUGCUGGGGAGAGUGGUGUUUAGUUUGAUGCCGGAAGAACGAGUGCCCUUUACAUUUGGUCUUGUAGAUACAGAGGGUUCCUGCUAUGCCAUAAUGGUUUAUAAUAUGGUAGACAGCUGGGGCGUUCUUAUUGGAGACUCUGUGACCAUUCCUGAGCCACACAUGAAGCAGCACAAUAUACAGCACAAGGGACAGACAUUUGUAUUCCAAAGCAUACGAGUUGAUUCUCCUGUCCGGUUGUUGGUGAAUGGCAAGCCUCAAGGACCCAGUACCCAGGCAAGCGCAACAGUUGCAUACAGACCCCAGAGCGAGUGAUUUACAGGACAGCAGGGGCUCUACUGUGAAUAAUGUGAAUGUUAAGGCAGCAUCUCAUGUCUGCUCUGAAUAUUGCAGCCUUGAAGGAUAUGUAAAAAAAGAGAGAAUUAUACACCACAAUUGCCUGGUAAAAUAGCACUUAACUCUCUCUGAUUUAUAUAUUAUUACUUACAUUAUUCACUGCUGUUAUCUUUUUUUUUUUUAUUAUUUGUUUUUAGAAAACUAAAAACUAGUCUGCUGCAAACCUACAUUACACCGUAGGGGUUAGUUAUCACCUGUCACUAUCCGCAUACUUGGCAGCUUCAUCUGUGUGUCUCAUCUUCAGCCUUCUCUGUCCUGGCUACUUGUACUAUGUUUUGUUGUUUUAAGACCAUGCUGUAGCUGUAUUUAUAACGCAAAUUUAAGAUUAUUAUAAUAAUUUAUUUUCAGCCGUAUCUGUUUUUUGUUCCCCUCAUGUUAAGAGGAAGAUUGUAACUCUUUUGUAAAGAAUAAAAUUACAUUUGUUUGCUAGUUAA